GCGCCGCCCCUGGCAAACCCUUGCAGCCCCGGCGCGUCCACCACCACACACUCGCUCAGGAGGAGCAGAGAGAGGGAGCCGAUAGGAGGCGGCGGCGGAGAUGGUUUCCCUCAAGCUGCAGAAGCGGCUCGCCGCGAGCGUGCUCAAGUGCGGCAAGGGCAAGGUCUGGCUCGACCCCAAUGAGGUCAGCGAGAUCUCCAUGGCGAACUCCCGUCAGAACAUCCGGAAGUUGGUUAAGGAUGGGUUCAUCAUCAAGAAGCCCCAGAAGAUCCACUCUAGGUCUCGUGCACGGAGAGCCCAUGAGGCCAAGCAGAAGGGGCGUCACUCAGGAUAUGGUAAGCGUAGGGGUACUAGGGAGGCUAGGCUCCCAACCAAGGUCCUGUGGAUGAGGAGGAUGCGUGUGCUCAGGCGUUUGCUGCGUAAGUACCGUGAGGCCAAGAAGAUUGACAAGCACAUGUACCAUGACAUGUACAUGAAGGUCAAGGGUAACGCAUUCAAGAACAAGCGGGUGCUCAUGGAAAGCAUCCACAAGUCCAAGGCUGAGAAGGCAAGAGAGAAGACACUUUCCGAUCAGUUUGAGGCUAAGCGCGCUAAGAGCAAGGCAAGCCGUGAAAGAAAGAUUGCCAGGAGGGAGGAGAGAUUGGCUCAGGGCCCAAGGGAACCGGUUGCACCAGCAGCAGCUCCUGCUCAAACUGCAGCGGCGCUGAAGAAAGCAAAGAAAUGAAUACCUGACGGGUGAGCAUUUUGUUUUUUGCCAAGUGAAACCAGUCAAAGUGUUAGCAGAAUUUUGAAGUACGGACCGUUUUGUUCAGUGCUUAAGUAUCUCCAAUUCUGAUACCUUUAAUGUUAUGUUUGGUGCUACUGGAUGUAGUGUGAAGUCUCUUUCAAAAAGGAUGGUGAUAUCUUUACUGUUUUAGAGUGGUUCUGCAUUUGUGAUCGAUGACAUGUAGGUUUGCUGGCGUUUGACUGCCUCUAUUGAGAAAUCUCUAUUCGUUGUGGGUCAAUGUGAAGGGCCCGGUUCUUAUCUGUCA